GGGGCUGGGGCUGGGGCCCGGGGCGGGGAGUGCCGGGGCGCCGGCGGCGACGACGGCUGCGGCCGACGAGCGGGCUCGGUGCGUGGGUCGGCGGCGGCUCGGGGUCCGCCCGCCGGUUGCGGUGCGAGCGGGCGGCCCGGUCCCCCUACAUCCCCGCCCGCCGCUGCCGUGAUUGGGUGGAAGAUGGCGCUGGGCGGAUGGAAAUCCUAAUGACAGUCUCCAAGUUCGCCUCCAUCUGUACCAUGGGCGCCAAUGCCUCGGCAUUAGAGAAAGAGAUUGGUCCUGAACAGUUCCCAGUCAAUGAGCAUUAUUUUGGAUUAGUCAAUUUUGGAAAUACCUGCUACUGCAAUUCUGUUCUUCAAGCACUUUAUUUUUGCCGUCCAUUUCGGGAAAAAGUUCUAGCAUACAAGAGUCAGCCUAGGAAGAAGGAGAACCUUCUUACAUGCUUAGCAGAUCUCUUCCAUAGCAUAGCCACUCAGAAGAAAAAGGUUGGAGUAAUACCACCAAAGAAGUUCAUAACAAGAUUACGGAAAGAAAAUGAGCUUUUUGACAACUACAUGCAGCAGGAUGCCCAUGAAUUCUUAAAUUACCUACUAAAUACAAUUGCUGAUAUUCUGCAAGAAGAGAGAAAGCAGGAAAAACAAAAUGGCCGUCUACCUAAUGGUAAUAUCGACGGUGAAAAUAACAACAGCACACCAGACCCAACCUGGGUCCAUGAGAUAUUUCAGGGAACAUUAACUAAUGAAACCAGAUGUCUUACUUGUGAGACUAUAAGCAGCAAAGACGAAGAUUUCUUAGACCUUUCUGUUGACGUGGAACAAAACACAUCUAUUACUCAUUGCUUAAGGGGUUUUAGCAACACAGAAACUCUAUGCAGUGAAUAUAAAUAUUACUGUGAAGAAUGUCGCAGCAAACAGGAAGCACACAAACGGAUGAAAGUUAAAAAACUACCCAUGAUCCUAGCUCUACACCUUAAGAGAUUCAAAUACAUGGAUCAGCUUCAUCGAUACACAAAACUUUCUUACCGGGUAGUUUUUCCUUUAGAACUUCGUCUGUUUAACACUUCAGGUGAUGCAACCAACCCUGACCGAAUGUACGACCUUGUUGCCGUCGUGGUUCACUGUGGAAGUGGUCCAAAUCGAGGCCAUUACAUUGCAAUAGUUAAGAGUCAUGAGUUUUGGUUGUUGUUUGAUGACGACAUUGUAGAGAAAAUAGAUGCACAAGCAAUUGAAGAAUUCUACGGGUUGACAUCAGAUAUCUCAAAGAACUCUGAGUCUGGUUACAUUCUUUUCUAUCAGUCCCGGGACUGAGGGAGAACAGUGAUGAAGAGAUACUUUCUGCCUCGUUUCUUCUCUGGUUAUUUGGGAAAGAUCAAGCACUGAUUUUUUUCUUCUUUCUUUCCUUUCUUUUUUUCUUUUUCUUUUUUUUUUUUAAGAAAAGAGAAAUGCAGGAAGCUCAGGGGGCAGUAGCACACUUUGCACACAAUAAAGCAAAGACUAUGAUUAACAAGCUCUUCCUAUCAUGGCAGUUGAUUUCUUUGCUCAGGUAUCGUGCUGUAUCUGCAGUCCCAUGCAACAAGGAAAUGAGAUCAGAGAUACCAGCUCCUCUAGUUAAACCUUUCAGUAAUUGACAUGCAUUUUCUCUUUACUAGUUGUACCAAUAAUGAUCAGAACUCCUUGGGGUACAGUAGGAAGAAUAGGAAUCUGUGCUAAGUUGUGUCAGUUAUAAGGAGGUACAUUGAACACAUGGCAUAAAUUUGCCUGUGUUGAGUAUGUAUAGCAGAAUUGGGUGGUCUUCGCAAACGUGAACCAAAAAUAAAAUACUUUUGGGCCCAACACUUGGAGUUGCCUUCCUGAUGUUAGAGGAAAAAAAGAACUGACAUACUGGAAUCCAGUGUCAGGAAGACAAAUAUGUUUUGCUUCUCUGAAGAAGCUUAUAAUAAUAUACAGUAUAUGUAUAUGUAGGGAACAAUUGGUCAAACGUGACUUUUUGUUUCCCCAAGGGGAAAGACUGGCUUUGUAAUUACAAUUUUUUCUUAUUUAUUUUACUUAGAACUGAUAGAGUCUAAGUAUUGUAUGAAGUGUCCAUGAUUCUGUCAGUAAAUUUGAGCAUAUUUUUGUUAGUUUUUGUCUGUUUAACUAGUCUUUUGUGUGUUUCUAUUUUUAUGGUGAAUUUUAAACUAUUUUAUAUCAGUAAGAUACCUAAAGAAAAAUUGCAAUGAGAGGAGGUAAAUAUUCUUGUUCAGGAGGAACUGAUAUCUCUGGCUAAAUAUUUGUCCCUUUGUUUAGCUUGUAGCUCAGUUAUUUUAUUCAACUUUAAUUUCAGUAAAAUGAAAAACUGUCAGAAGUUGCCUUUAGUUGAUAAAAUGAUAAAAAAAAAAUUCUGGUUGCAGUGGUAGCAUACUAAUAUUUAGAACUAUUAACUUUAAUGUUUCGAGUUUAGGCCAUGCUUGGGAUAUCCAUGUUAUACCAGUUAUGUUAUUUCCAGUAAUAUGGAAAGAAGAGAUCAUUCAUUGUAACCCCCACAGUCUGAAUGGUUGGCUAAAACCCCUGAAAGAUGAAAUUUUAGGGAUGUAAACCGGGAAGACACAAAGCAAGUCCCCCUUGACCCCACCCCACCAUUCCAACUUGAAUUUUACUGACAGAUUGUUCAGAAAUUAAACUUUGUGUUUGUUAGACUUUGUUUUAUUGGGAGUUUUAAUAAAUGAUGUAUGUAAUGUAAAAUGUAUGUAAACGACACUUUUCUAGGAAUCAGUAAGUUGUCUGACAGUGGCCGAUGUAACUUGCAGAAAACAAUUGAACAUAUAUUAAAAAUAGCAAUCAGUUCAUGAAUGCUCUCUAUCAAAUCUUUUUAGACAGUACUCUUUUUUUUAAUUGCUGUAAUUUUAUAAACUUAUUUUUACUAAUUCUGUUGACUAUGAGAAACAACAGAAAAGAAUGUUUUUGUCUGCUGCUAUUACUAAUGUUUAUUAUCUGUAUCUUUUAGCUCAGGAAAUGACUUCACCUAUUCAUUCCUUGAACAGAUCUUUAACAGGGUCACUCAACUAAUUGGACUGCUUAAACAGAUGUGCUGGGAGGAAAUGAUUAUGUAUUUUUGACAAAUUGCUUUCUAAGAUAUAGUUUCUAAAGCCUUACCCUGCCUGGAAUUUUGUGUAAAUUACUGGCCUUCCCAACAUUGCACAGAGAAUCACAACAGAGAAUGUGAGAAGGUCAUAGCAGUGGGUAUCUUUUCAUUUUGAGGGCUUAUACCAAAUUGUCUAGAAUUUAAAGCUUGCAGUUCAUGUAGCUUUCAGUAUAGAGAAGAGUAAAUUGAAGCUGGAUCAAUUUUCACAUGUGUGAGGCCACAACAUAUAUAAGAAAGAUAGAUGAAGUCAUUUGCAUUAAGGUACAGUGUUGGAAAUACUAUGUUGUAUCUGUUUUUACAUUUCACAUUUAAGAAAAUAGAGUAAACACCAAGGUGACAUUUUGUGUGAAAGCAAGUUCUUGAGCAUUUUAACUUAUCAGUGUUUUUACUGAGCUCCACAGCAGUCACACACUGCUCACCUCACACCCUGUUCAGUAGGUGUGAUUUGUGGGGGUGGGGGGCACACACUGUGGGAUGUUUCUCCUCCACUAAACUUUCUGCUCUCAGUGCAGCUGCAGCUAAGUCAAGUGUCAGAAGCUUGGAAAUCAGAAAUUCAGUAUACUUUAGAGGCACUCGGGGUCAUGGUUGCAGGGAAAGUGCAGAGGGAGUCGCCAAGAGAAGUGACCCCAUGUCAGGCAGAGUGUGAGAGUGUGUGUGUUGGUGACUGUUGGGGACAGGAGGGACGGGCCUCAGUGGCACAUGCCAACCGAUUGCUCUCUGUGUACAUGUGUGUGGGGGCAGCUGUCACAUAUUUUGUAUAUUGGAAUAAAAGGUUCUAUAAAUUGUCGUGAUUAAAAGUGAAUAUGCUAAAUUAAGUCUCAUUUCAAAGUCAUAGGGCUUCUGUCUUGGAAAUUUUACCAGUAGCUCACUCAAGACAAGAGCCAUGGGAAUUGGAGAAAGGGGACAAAAGGAGUGUAAUAAAAUACAGGUCUUGUUGCCACUUAACCAUCGGUGUAGGGUUUUUCAUUCCUGGAUAGCAGUGGAAAGACCCCUUGUUUUAACAUACUACUCUUGAUACUUUCUUUAAAGAUACUUUUCAUUAAAGAUUCUCAUGAGAUAUUCUCGUGAGGUAGCUGGGAACUGGGAAGCUAAGGCGCUCAGGUCCUGGUUCUUCAUUGAAUUUAACUGUGUGACCUUGGGCAAGUCACUUAACCUCUCUGUGCUUCAGCCUCCCUAUCUUGUAAAAUGGGAGUAAUACCUACCUCACAGGGUUGUUGUGGGGCUUAAUUAGAUAUAAUGACUGUAAAGCAUCUAAGGUUCUUGAAGAAAGCACUAUAUAAAUACAAAAUAAUAUCUAUUAAAGUUGGUUUAUUUGUG